AAAAAGAGGAAAGACGUCUCGAGCCUUCCCUCUUCACGUACAGACAUCCGAACCUGUCACUGCCGCCCGCCGUCUCCCUCCGACUAGCCUCCCUACGGCACACGUCGUCUCCGGCUCACGCCGACGUAAACCACCGGUUAUCCUCGCCGGUGUUUCUCUCUGUCCCAAUCCAUCUCUCGCAGCUCUCUGUCUCCCCUUAAAAUCACGUCCUUCGGCCACCGCCGCCGGAAGUCCUUUUGGGGAAAUAAAUAAUGAAGUUGAAGCUUGACAACAAGAGCUCGCGAAAGGCAUGCAAGCUACAGACAAAGCAUGGUAAAAAGAAAAGCCACGUCAAUGAAAGCAAAAGUCAACCCACAAAGCAGAAUGAUGUUGAACUAGAUUUGGAACAAGAAGCUCCAACUCUAGAUGAGGAUCCAGUACAACAACAUUUAGAUUCUUCUCCACCCUCCGAUUGUAACGAGGAUAAUGUCAAUGCGGGCGAUGAUCAUCAUAAUUUAGAGAACGAUGAGGACCAAGAAAAUGGUAAUGACAACCCCAUACCUGAUCAAGUAGAGGAGGAAAGUGAUUCAUCUGAGGAUGAGGUAGCUCCUAGGAAUACAGUUGGAGAUGUUCCCUUGGAAUGGUAUAGAGAUGAGAAACAUAUCGGAUAUGACAUAUCUGGAAAGAAAAUAUUGAAGAAAGAAAGAGAAGACAGAUUACAAUCAUUUUUAGCAAGUGCCGACGACUCAAAAAGUUGGCGCAAGGUAUAUGAUGAAUAUAAUGAUGAGGUAAUAGAGUUGUCGAAGGAAGAAGUCAGGCAACUGCGGAGACUGCUCAAAGGAAAGGCGCCACAUGCAGACUUUGAUCCUCAUGCGCCUUAUGUUGAUUGGUUUAAGUGGGAUGAUGCUAAGCACCCACUGUCAAAUGCACCUGAACCAAAGAGGCGUUUUAUCCGGUCAAAAUGGGAGGCCAAGAAGGUUGUUCGAUUAGUUCGGGCAAUUCGAAAUGGACAUAUUAAGUUUGACAAGCCCAAAGAGGAGCAACAGUUCUACGAUUUGUGGGGUGAUGAGUCGAGCACCACAGAGAAGACCUCACAUCUGUCUUACAUUCCUGCACCAAAACCAAAGUUGCCAGGUCAUGAUGAAUCAUAUAAUCCUUCACUGGAAUAUAUCCCUACUCAAGAAGAAAUAAACUCAUAUCAGUUAAUGUAUGAAGAAGAUCGACCAAAGUUUAUUCCUAGGAGGUUUACGUCCAUGAGAAGUGUACCUGCCUAUGACAAUGCUCUUAAGGAUGCAUUUGAGCGUUGUUUGGAUCUCUAUUUGUGCCCUCGUGUUCGGAAGAAGCGUAUUAAUAUUGAUCCUGAAUCUUUGAAACCUAAGCUGCCAAACCGGAAAGAUCUUAGACCUUAUCCGACUACAUGCUAUCUUGAAUUUAGAGGUCAUAAGGAUGCGGUAAUGUCCAUUUCAACUGAAGCCAAUGGUCAAUGGAUUGCCUCAGGUUCAUUGGAUGGAACUGUUCGGAUAUGGGAAGUUGAAACAGGCAGAUGUCUUAAAGUGUGGGAGCUUGGGGAACCUGUGAAGUAUGUAGCUUGGAAUCCUAAGCCUGAUCUUCCGAUAUUGGCUGCUGCUGCGGGUGUUGAUGUAUUGCUUUUAAACACUGGUCUUGGGGAUGGGGAGGUUCAAGCAAAAAUUAAGGAAGUUCUCCAUGUUGACAAACUUCCUGCAACAGAAAAUUCUGAUAAAACGCCAGCUGCGACCUGGCUUCAAGAUGACAAGACUGGGGGGAUUAGAUUAAGGCAUUUUAAGAGUGUAUCUGCAGUUGAAUGGCACCGUAAAGGAGACUACCUUUCAACAGUUUUACCAGCUGGUGAAUCAAGAGCAGUUCUUAUUCAUCAGCUCUCUAAAAAGUUAACACAAAAAAUUCCAUUCAAGUUGCAUGGGCUUCCUGUUUCAUCAGUUUUUCAUCCCACUCAAUCUAUUCUUUUUGUAUCAACGAAGAAGGAGGUUCGUGUUUAUAAUUUAUUGAAGCAAAAGCUCCUGAAAAAACUGAAAACUGGACUCCGUGAAGUUUCUUCUAUUGCUGUGCAUCCAGCUGGUGACAAUGUUAUCGUGGGGAGCAGAGAAGGAAAGUUAUGUUGGUUUGACAUGGAUCUUUCAUCAGAGCCUUACAAAAUUCUCCGCUGCCAUCCGAAAGAUAUCACAAAUGUUGCCUUCCAUCGAUCACGUCCAUUAUUUGCAUCUUGCUCCGAUGAUGGCACCGCAUAUGUUUUCCAUGGGAUGGUUUACUCCGAUCUUACGCAGAAUCCUCUUAUUACACCGUUGGAAAUACUAAGAGGACACAAAAAUGUUAAUGGAAGAGGAGUAAUGGAUUGCAAGUUUCACCCAAUGCAGCCAUGGUUAUUCACUGCUGGUGCCGAUUCAGUGAUCAAAUUGUACUGCCAUUGAGAAGAUUUUAGGAAACCAACCUAGCAGUUUGGUGUAUGGGAAUGUUCUGCUUGGAUCUGAUGAAGGUCAAGAGAGUCAAAUUUUGUUUGCUCAAUCUAAUCUUUUCACAAUUGUAAGGAUUAUACAUGAAUAGAAAGCUAGUCCAUUCUUUAGAAUCCAUGUUUUAAAAGAACGAGAUUUGUGAUUUUUCCAAA